AUGUUCCACAUUGCGGAUGCACGCGCCGCAGGUUUCUUGGCUCUCUCUAAUGGCAAGGAUGUGAUAACGUGGGAUGACUUAAAGAAGGCAUCAAACGACUUGGGGGAACAGUUAUCGGACGAAGAGCUUCGCGAAAUGCUUGCGCAUGCUUCCUCUGGAAAAUCAUUGCACGUAACGGAAGAAGAUUUCUUCCGAAUACUUAGAGGCUGA